CCGGCUUCUCCUCCUACCUUCAACCAUUUCCCCAAAAAUUAUUUUAUUUUAUUUUUCUCUUUUAAUUCAACAAAAUAGUCUACAUUUUUUCCUGUUCAACCAAGUCUCCUCUUCCGUAUCUGCAGCAUACACACAUUUCCAAGGCUCUGCAACUACCCCACUUUCCAUGUCCAUGGCCUCUUCCACAAACCUCCUCCUCUCUCCCUCUCUCUCUUCAUCUGCUUCUCCUCUCCUCCCUCUCUUCCUCUACUCUGCCUUGUACCCACCAAGGCAAUCACCGAGCUCUCUCUCCUCACCCUGCCCCUAAAACCCUCCAACCCCGACAACUUCUAGUUUUCGUUCAAUCAAAUCCUGUUUUCUCAGCUGAAGUUUCUGUUUUGGUCCAAAUUACAGAUGCCCAUUUCAAAUUUGCUCCAAUUCUCUUGGAAAAAGCAGUCAAGGCAAUGUCUUUGUGCCCCUUUGGGCUUCCAAGCUGAUACCCAGUUGUAUUGAGUAAAGGGUGUUCUGAUCUGCCAUUGGAGGAUCAAAAGAACAGGUUUUCUCAUGUACCCAGUUCUUGAUUGUUGAUCUUCUUCAAAGUCUGAGCAGAAAACUUCAUGGCAGCUAAGUGGUUGAGGGUUUGACCCCUUUUGCUAUCUUACAUUUGGGGCAUCUUCUGCUAUGUAAUUAGAACUUGAAGUAGGUUUCUGGUGCUUCGUUAAGCCAUCUUUGUGCGCUCGGUCAAAAUGCCUGGAAAUGGUCAACUUUUCGUGGAGUGGAAAGAGCACUUUGUUUCGCAGGAGAGGGGCAACCGUGUGGUUCACUAUUUCUUGAAGGAUUCUUCUGGAGAAUCCAUUCUUGCAGUUGUGGGUACUGAGAGGAGUGUUAGGCACAUGUUCUAUGUUGUUUCUGAGGAGUUUUUGCAAAUGCACGGAAUCGAGAGCUCCAAUAGUGCCAACUUUAAAUGGAGGUCAAGAAGGGAAGUCGUGGAUUGGCUUACAUCUAUGCUGUCAAAGCAGCAUAUUCGUGGAGAUCUGUCCGAAUCACCCCAACAUGAUUCAUCACAAGCGUCAGGGAGUCCCGAAUAUCCAAUGAAAGGAGUUAAUGGUCCCCAGGGCCGUCUUUCAAAGACCUUGAAGGGAGGCAAUCCGGAGAUUGUUUGGUCAGGUGUUGCAUGUACAUGUGGUAAACAGCUCAAGCAUUUCCCUGCAUUCUGUAGGGAUGGAACUACAAUAGCGAUUAAGUCCUUUGUCUUUGUCAUGGCAAAGGGAGAAAAUCACUAUGUUGCUUAUGUGGAGGAUAUGUAUGAAGACAAGAGGGGUCAAAAAAAGGUCAAAGUGAGGUGGUUUCACCGUAAUCAGGAAGUCAAGGGGUUAACUCCUGUAAGAAAUCCUCACCCUAAGGAAGUUUUCAUCACGCCAUAUGUGCAGGUCAUUAGUGCAGAAUGUGUUGAUGGUCCUGCAAUAGUCUUAACUCGUGAACAUUAUGAAAAAUGCUUAGCUGUGUUUCCUCAGGCUUUGUUGGCCAGAGUACAUUGCUGCUGUAGACAGUUUAGAAGUAACAAGGUGAAGCCAUUUGAUUUGAGUAAAAUGCAUGGCUAUUUUGACCAGCCAAUUCUCUCUUGUUUGGGUCUCGAAGUUUCAGAAAAAUCUGAGUUUAUAACUGAUAGCUUGAUUGCGGAAGAAGAUGAAUUGGGUCCAAGUGACUAUGUAAAGCGAGGGUCUAAGAGGACUAGAAGUGGAAGGCCAUGUCAGAGGUUUGCAACUGGCCGUUCAAGAGCAAGAAGUUCUAGUAGAGGUAACCAGAUGAUGACAUAUAGACCUCAGAACACAAACUGUGGUUUGCUAGACAGGCGGUUGUUUUCCAUGAAGCUUGUUGAUUGUCAGCCUUGGUAUACCCCACUCUUUAAGGUUGAUGAAAAGAUAGAAUUGCUUUGCCAAGAUAGUGGCAUUCGAGGCUGCUGGUUUAGGUGUACAGUGUUGCAGAUAACACGAAAACAGAUGAAAGUCCAAUAUGACGAUUUGCAAGACGAGGAAGCAAGUGGCAAUCUUGAGGAAUGGAUCCCAGCUUUUAGAUUGGCUAUGCCUGAUAAGCUUGGCAUAAGGUGUCUAGGCCGCCCAAUGGUCCGGCCAACCCCUCCUAAGGAACAAAUGGGCCUUGCCCUUGAGGUUGGGGUUGCAAUUGAUGCAUGGUGGAGCGAUGGCUGGUGGGAAGGGAUUAUAGCUGGAGUUGGCAGCUGUGCUGACACCUUUCAAGUUUUCAUUCCUGGUGAAAGCUUACUCUUGAACAUGCACAAAAAUGAUCUGAGAAUAUCCAAAGAUUGGUUGGGGGACGAAUGGGUUGAUGUUGAGGUGAAGCCUGAUGUACUUUCAGCCAUAGCUUCAACAAUCAUCUCAUGCACUCGUCCCCUUACAUCGUCUGCAGUUGUGAAAGAUGUCGACUCUGAUGGGUUUGCUUUGUCGUAUGUUGAAGUUCCUUCUAGUACUAAACAUGUGGAAGAGGAAAAACAGGACUUAGCCGUAUCUGCUAGUUUUGAUGCUUCUGAAAAUAUGGACUUGGACAGUGAUAGGAGGUCACCAUCAUUAAAUGACAUUGGUACUGAAGAUGUUGAUGUCAAUGACAGUUGUGGCGAUGUACAGGAUUUCCAAGGUAAUGAUGUUGAUGACAACAAAGAUGACAAAAUGGCCGAGGGUGACAAAGGCAACUAUGGCGGGGGUGACGGCAAAAACAAUGGUCAUGAUGAGGGCCAAGAAGGCAUGGAGGUGUACGAAGUUGAAACUGCUGAUACUGAACGUGUUGACGUGGGUGACAGUUGUGGUGAUGUACAGGAUGUCCAGGUUAAUGAUGUUGAUGAUGAAAAAGAUGACAACAGUGUUGAGGAUGACAAACGUGACAACGGUGUUGAUGAUGGAAAAAACAAUGGUCAUGAUGAGGGCCAAGAAGGCAUGGAGGUGUUUGAAACUGCUGGGGAGGGGAGCCAGAAAGCAGUAGAAAUCAUGGAAGUGACAUCAUAAGAUGUCUAACUUGAGUUUGAUAACCUUAAAUUGUGGCAGUUAAUGAUGUUAGUGUUGUUGGUUAAUGUUGAAAAGUGUGUCAGCUAGGAUUUCUGUAAAUAGUUACACCGAGAUGUUGGAGAGAAGCUCACUGCAUUGUUUGGAGUUGGUGGAGUUCCUGGGUGUACAGUAUGAGAUUAGGGUCAUGAUAUUUAUCUUUUUCUGGUUUUCCACGGUUGUAUUAGAAUUCAAAUUUCGAGUUCCUCCGAUUAGGAACGCUUCUCAGCGAGUCGGUUCUUCGAUGUUAUUGACCACGCUCAUGUACUUCUGCUUGUAGCUUGUAUCAAAGAUUCCGAGGUCUGUUGUAAUCUCAAGUACUGUAUCUUGGUUCCAUGCUGUUUAGGACUGUUAAAGAAAACAUAAGAAAUGUGUUCGAAUAA